CUUUAAGCAUCUGUGCUUUAAUCUUGUCCAAUUUCCCCCCUCGUCCUUCAUCGACGCAGCGCAUCCAAUUUCUAGAAACGAGAGACGAUCCCAUAUCACCGCUAUGUCCUACAACGGAAAGGACUUUGGUCAUAGUGUAGAUGAGAAAUUGACCAACCAUGUUGAAACUGUCGUCGACCUAGAUAAGCUCGGUGAGCUUGAGGGCUACGUUCUCAACCCUGAGCUCGGCCACGUUGACACCGGGCAUCUCAAAACCAGCUCUGAUGGCCGUACAACCCUCGUCCCCCAACCUAGCGAUGACCCCAAUGAUCCAUUAAACUGGAGUCAGACAAAGAAGAACGUUAUUCUCUUUGUGAUAUCUUGUACUGCUUUCCUGCCAGAUUUUGGAUCUGCCGUUGGUGCUGUCACUCUCUUGCCGCAAGCUGCAGCCUGGGGUAUGACUCCAGACGAGAUCAACCACUCUCAAGUAGGCAACGUGUUCAUGCUCGGCGCUGGUGGCGUGGUAGCAGUUGCUCUCUCUGCAUACUUUGGAAGAUAUCCGGUUCUCUUCUACUUUAUCGCCUUGGCUGUAGGAACUGCAGCCUGGUGUGCAGCAGCAACGACCUUUCCUUCCUUCAUGGCCGCUCGUAUCCUCAAUGGCUUCUUCUCAACAGUAGCGCAAGGUGGUGGGCUCAUGUUCAUUAAGGACAUGUACUUCUUCCAUGAGCACGCCCGAAAAAUCAACAUCUGGUCCGCAUUCAUCAUUCUCUCGCCUUACUUCGGACCCAUGUUCACAGCGUUCAUAAUUGAUACCGUCAAAUGGCAAUGGGCAUUCGGUCUUUAUACUAUAAUGACUGGCCUCUGCCUCAUUUUGAUCAUGAUAUUCGCGGACGAAACAUACUACGAUCGCCGAAUUCCUAUAGACGCGCAACCGGCGCGCGGCUCUCACGUCAGCCGCAUGCUCGGCAUCGCUCAAUGGAAGGGUCGUAGGCAUCGCAACACCAUCACCCAAGCUCUCCUACGACCUUUCAUUGCCAUCAGCAAGCUGCCGGUAUUUUUGACCGUCGUUUACUACAUGCUUACAUUUGCCUGGGUUGUCGGAAUUAACACCACGCUCUCAAUCUUCUUGACUCCAUUGUACAGCUUUGGACCUAAGCAGAUUGGUUUUUUUUACUUCACUCCCGUUGUCGCCGCUCUUCUCGGGGAAUUGGCCGGGCAUUGGCUUCAUGAUUUCGUCGCUCGCCUGUCGAUGAAACGCAACCAUGGUAUUUUUGAGCCCGAGGCUCGCCUCAAUGUUAUCUGGGUUAGCACGCCAUUCAUUAUUGCGGGUUUGGUCCUUCUCGGAUUUUGCUUGGAAGAGAAAUAUCACUAUAUGGUGACCUCUGUUGGAUGGGGACUGUAUGUUUUUGGCGUUAUGAUCGCCACUGUCGGUGUCAAUGCUUACAACCUAGACUCGUAUCCCGAGGCCUCGGGAGAAGUCGCAUCAUGGGUCAACUUUGCACGUACUGCGGGUGGCUUUAUUAUUUCAUACUUCCAGGUCACCUGGGCCAACGAACAAGGCACCAGGAAAUCUUUCGGCACUCAAGCCGGUAUCUGCGCUGCGGGAUUCAUCAUCAUAUUAAUCCUGCAACGAUAUGGAAAGGAGCUGCGGGCUUGGGCUGGGCAACCACACUUUAAGACGAGUUAGAGGAAUAUUUGAGUGUAUUAUUGAUGAG